UAGUUGGACCGUGCUGUAAGACACGGCAGUAGUGUGUGCGCACCAUCACCUUACCGAUUGCGCACAUGAGAAUGAUGGCAGCGUCCGGUCUAAAUACGAUACGAGUCCGUGUGUAUUUCGAUUAUCCCCCGCCGGCGGUGCCAGAUUGCCGCAUGUGCUGGGUGCUUGUGGACCUAAACAAAUGUCGCGUGGUGGCGGACCUGGCCAGCAUCAUCAAGGAGAAGUUCGAUUUCAGUCGCAGGACCAUUUUAAACCUGUUCAUCGAGGACUGUUACCUGCCUCCUACGGAGAGCGUCUACGUAGUCCGUGACAACGACAGCAUAAGGGUGAAGGUGGAGGGGGUGCCGCAGGUGAACGGCUUCGAAUCCAGCAGAAAUUCAGACAGCCUUCCUUGUAAGGCUAAGAAAAGGGACAGAGAGGCAGACGAGGAGGCGGCAGAGAACAGCGUGAAGAAGAGAAAGAAAAGGAAAGAGGAGAGUCCAGAGGUAGAGUCCCAGCCAGCCGAGAAGAAGACGAAGAAGAAAAGGAAGAAGGAGAAGCAGGGGAUCCCUGUGAAGCAGAUCACCCCAGCAAAAGUGCCCACUCUUUCUAAAACCAAGCAGGAAACGACUGCCAAGAAGCCCUCAGCACCCUCGACCUCUGCGCAGAGCAAAGCCGCGAAACAAAGCACAUCCUCCUCAGGUACCAGUGACAGCAGCGAGGAAGAGCCACCCAAAAAACCCAGUGCUGUGAGUGCCCCCUCCAGGCCAGCAGCAGGGGGGCUUGUGAAAGCAGUUGUCCCCCCUCCUGCGGCGGCUGCUGCUGCUGCUUCCUCCUCAGACUCUUCCUCUGACUCCUCCCCCAGUCCCACCCCUCCACCAAAACGGACAGUCCCAACCACAGGAGCCUCCUCAGCUCCGUCAGCCCCCCCGGUUGUGAAGAAGGCCCAGGAGAAGCCGAAGAGCUCCAGCUCUGACUCAGACAGCAGCAGUGAGGCUGAGCUGGUCAUUAAGAGGCCGGGCCUGGGGCAGAGGGUGGGACUGGGUGUGGCAACCAACAGCAUCCAGCCGGGUGGGGUUGCUGGGAGGGGCAGGGAGAAUGUUAGGGGUGGUGGCAGAGGCAGCUCCCCAGGGCGUGGCAUGGGAAGGGGCAUCGGGCGGGGUGACGGCAGGCCCCCAUGGAGAGGGAGUAGUCCCAGAGGAGGGCCAAGAGGGGGUCAUAGUUGGGGAAGGGGAUCCAUGGCCAAUCGCAAUUUCCACUACAGUGACCAGAAUGGACUGCAGCAGCACCUGAAUGACACUCUAACCAACAAGACCGUUGUUCUGCAGAACCCUCCAGAGAGUAUCCCUAAAAGGGACUACGCUGCCAUGCCCCUACUGGCCGCACCCCCACAAGUUGGACAGAAGAUUGCUUUCAAGCUGCUGGAGCUGACAGAGAACUACACCCCAGAGGUGUCUGACUAUAAGGAGGGGAAGAUUGUCAGCUUCAACCCGAGCACAAACCAAAUAGAGCUGGAGCUGCUGACUUCAAAACCAGCUCCAGUAGAGCCAGGGAAAUUCGACCUGGUCUACCAGACGCCGGAUGGAUCCGAGAUCGUGGAGUACGCAGUCUCGCGCGGUUCACAGCUGACGGAGCGCUGGGAGUCGCUGCUGGAGCCCAGGCUGAUUGUGGAGAGCGUGGGGUGAGGGACUGGUGAAUCGUACGGACAGACAAACAGACAGACAGAGACCAGCAGCACACGGGAUUCUGAAGGCCUGCCCUCUGUCUCUGAGCAAAGCCAAGGAUGUCUAAACCUCUCCACUGACAGGACAGGACACUGCCUUUUGCGUCAGGAAUAUGGUUCUAAUUUUUGUA